AUGGCUCAUUGCGAGCGGGCAUCCAAGCCGCUGCUCCAAUGCCUCCGGACCACAUAUACUAGAAGCUUGCCUGCCGUCCAGGCACGCGGCUUCCAGACGUCGGCAGCCGUUGCAGAGGCUCAAGCCGAACAGACCCAACCAUUCCACAAGAACCCCGACCCAUCGCUCGUCUCAAGCCCUCGACUGGAGCGACGACUGAUGAGACAGGGUACCAACCCCGUUGGAUCUCGUCGUCGCCGUGCUGCCCUUCAGAGUUCCGCCAAUAUCCCCUUCGAGCAGCUGCCCUACCAAUGUUUCCAGGAGGCGCGAAAGGUCCUGUUGGAGGACCGUGCAGAGAAGUUGAAGGAGAUUGAAUCAAUGAGGCAAAAGAUUGCGAGAGUGGAGGCUCAGUCUGUUGAAGAGGCUGGAGGUGAGCAGGUGCACAAGUCUCGCGUGCGCGCCAUGCAAUUGCACUUGGAGCGUCUCAAGAUCCAUGCCGACAUCAACGACCCAUUGGUCAAGCGGAAAUUCGAGGACGGACUUGGCGACAUGAGCAAGCCAAUCUACCGCUUCCUGGCCGACCGGAAAUGGCGCGAAUAUCGCCGCAAGAUCCUGGUGCAGCGCAUCACGCAGAUGAAUGUCGUUCCCGACGUUCUGCCCCACUGCGAUCCUACUGUCGAAACCAAGCUGUACUUCAACAAGCGACAGGUCCAGCCUGGAGACUACGUCGAGGCCAAGGUUAGCACCGAGGCACCCAAGCUUGACAUUCAGAUGUUCGAGCGUGGAGAGAAGCUCGUCACAAUUGCCGUUGUCGACCCUGAUGUUCCCAAUGUGGAGGCGGAUAGCUUUGACUUCAAGAUGCACUAUCUGGCUGUCAAUGUGCCCAUCUCAGCUGUCAACACCAAGGUUGACCUUUCUCAGCUCGCGGCAGACUCGCAGGUCGUCCUUCCUUGGCUGCCUCCCGUUGCCCAGAAGGGUAGUCCCUACCACCGUCUUUCUGUGUUCAUCAUGGAGCAGAAGGACUCCCAGCCUCUUGACUUUGCCGCUGUGAAGGCAAAGGAGACUGACCGGGACAACACACUGCUGCGCACUCUGCAGGCCCGGUACCACCUCAAGGCUAUCGGUGCCCACCUGUUCCGCAGCCAGUGGGAUGAGACUACUCUGGAGGUCAUGAAGCAGAUUGGAUACAGCGGAGCCGAUCUCGAGCUCCGCCGGAAGAAGGUCGAGCCUCUUCCCUACAAGCGGAGAAACCCUUCCACCAUGAGGUGA